ACAAAAAACAAGUAACAGAAAAUCACAAGACUCUCUCUUUCGCUCGCUCUGUCUCUGUCUGUAAACCAGCGAAUUUAGGACAUAAAUAAAGGAAAGGAAGGACAGGAGACCUUAUUCAUAGACAGUUGCCUUUAUGUUUGUUUUAUAGAUAAUUGUUAUCUAUAAAGAGAGGAAGUAAAAGAGGAGUGGUGGUUUUGUUGACAUUUUGACCCGGAUCCGACAUCGUCGGACCCACCUACCUCAAUCACCCGCCGCCAUUCCUUGGAACCUCCCUCCCCUCCUUCUCUUUGUCUUCCGGUUCGUGGUCAGAGUGGCGAGGGAGAUCGAUUCUUUCUGCAAAACCGAGGCUUAAUCUUCUAAAUACAGGAUUGUAUAAUUAGGUAGCUAGAAUGGGCAGCUGCGUAUCAACACCACCAAAAAAGAUUAAAUUACAUAGAAGGCGCCAUUGUAAGGGCAGACAUCUUGUGAAGAUAUCCAAUACUGUCCAGGAUGGAGCUACCAGGUGCAGAAAAUCUGGAGUCUCCAAUUCGACAUUCCAUCUCACCCAGUUGCAGUGGCACCUCAGUCAAGUGGACUCUGAUGUAAUCCAAGAGGAACCAUGGUUUGAUACAGUCAGUAUUCUGGAGUCAGAUUCUGAUGAUGAAUUCUGCAGUGUGCUUGGAGACCGCUUUUCAUCAGUGGGUUCUACAACUGGGAACAUCUCAAGCGGACAAGUGCUUCAAUAUGAAAGCUCUUCAUGUUUUGUGGAUGGCAGUUAUAAAUAUGAAGAAUACCAUGAAAGUUAUAUGAAAAUAGAUGGAUCAAAAACAGGAAAAGAUGAAUACAAGGAAUCCAAAGGAUUUGCAGUUAUUAGUGCUCAGGGUUAUGAUCUUUCACAUUUUAGUAAAGCUGAUGAAAAUCGGAGAAAGAAAUUAUUAAAUAAUUCCUACGGAAGCUUCAAAGGUCUAAAAGAGGAUAGACGUGACUCUCAGGAGAAUAACUUGAAGUCAGGUCGAUCUCGAUUGGUUCCUUCUGUAAGUUUCAAUGACAAGAUUUUAUCUGCUUCAGCUCCAAAAGGGAAGCUAGCAGUUUUUAGGCUUUCUUUUAAGAGGAAAUCAGGUGAUAGUGGGGAAGAAGCUAGUGAACACUGUCCAUCAAAAAGAUUCUUGUACCGUCCUAAAGCAGGAUUUGUUAUUCCACGUGCCACGGGAGAGAAGCCAACUGCAGGAUGUUGGUCUGAGAUUCCACCCUCAAAUUUCAAACUUCGUGGCCUGACCUAUUUCAAAGAUAAGCAGAAGUGCUCUGCCCCAGUUCACAGCCCAUACACUCCAAUUGGUGUUGAUGUAUUUGUCUGCCCAAGAAAGAUAAAUCACAUAGCUCAACAACUUGAUCUUCCAAACUUAAAAUCAGAUGGGAAACUCCCUCCUCUGUUAAUAGUAAAUAUUCAGAUGCCAACCUAUCCUGCUGCAAUGUUCCUUGGCGAUACUAAUGGGGAAGGGAUGAGUCUUGUACUGUACUUCAAGGUUUCUGAAAACUUGGAGAAAGAGAUUUCUUCCCAAUAUCAAGACAAUAUCAAGAAAUUGAUUGAGGAUGAGAUGGAAAAGGUUAGAGGUUUUGCAAAAGACUCAACUGUUCCAUAUAGAGAAAGGCUAAAGAUCAUGACUGGGUUGGUUAAUCCUGAAGAUCUCAAUCUAAGUUCUACUGAAAGAAAGCUUGUUAAUGCUUAUAAUGAAAAGCCAGUUCUUUCUCGUCCACAGCAUGAAUUUUUCAAGGGUCCUAAUUACUUUGAGAUUGAUCUGGAUAUCCAUCGCUUCAGCUACAUAUCAAGAAAGGGACUAGAAUCAUUUCGAGACCGCCUGAGGAAUGGAAUACUUGAUCUGGGUCUAACUAUCCAGGCACAGAAACAAGAAGAACUUCCAGAGCAAGUGUUGUGCUGUCUGAGAUUGAACAGAAUUGAUUUUGUGGAUCGUGGUCAACUGCCGAGGCUUAGGACCCUUGAUGAUGACUAAGAUGGAUAUAUUCCUGCAUAUACCAAUGCUCAAUCAUGGAAGGAGUUGAAACUCCUUUAUCUCUAAUAAUGAAAAAGGUGAAAUAUGUUUGUUCCGUGAUGCACAAGUAAAUAAUGAAAAUACAAAUGUUCUUGUAAUAA